AGCCAAAAUAACCAAAAUUAAAACAGAAAAGAAUUAGAUAGGUUCAGCCAUGGCUACUACCUGCAAUAUGGCAUCAGCUGCAGCUGGACUUGUUCUAACUAUCAAAUCCAAUUCUUCUUCCAAGACUAAUAACUUGUCCUUCAACUUCAUCAAGAACAAUCCCGGUUCCACAAGAUUUGGAACUGUAAUUCGCGCCGCCGAUGAAUCUGCCGCUGGUUCCACGGCGGAGGCUGUAAAACCACCCCCAAAACCAGCACCCAUUGGACCCAAGAGAGGUGCUAAGGUGCGGGUGCUUAGAAGGGAAUCCUAUUGGUACAAGGGAGUUGGAUCUGUUGUAGCAGUUGAUCAGGACCCAAAGACGAGAUACCCAGUUGUGGUUAGGUUCAACAAAGUGAACUACGCCAAUGUAUCGACCAACAACUAUGCAUUGGACGAAGUCGAAGAAAUUGAAUGAAUAUUGUUAUAACUAUUACUCUUAUCAUUGGCAUCAAACAAUCCAUGUGUUUUGUAAUGAACAUAUUAUUGCAUUCUUCUAUCA